UCCGCACACCCCACGUGCUUCGCCAUCGCUUCCGCUUGCAGCUCCGCUUCAGGCUCCCUCUCCAGUCAUGAAGCUCCUGGUGCUGUCCUUGGCGGUGCUGCUGCUCGUGUCCCACCUCCGCCCAGGUGAUGCCCAGAGAUGCUGGAAUCUUCUUGGGAAAUGCCGCCAUCGAUGCUUCAAGAAGGAAAGUGUCUAUGUGUAUUGCACAAAUGGUAAAAUGUGCUGUGUCAAGCCCAAGUACCAGCCAAAACAAAAGCCAUCAUGGUUAUUUUGAAGGCUUUGAAGUGUGAAGCCAGGAAAAUGCAGAAGCUGCCUGAAGUCUGAUCCAAGUGGAUUCUUGAGAUCUAUCAAUAAACACCCCUG